AUGACCUUGACCCACCCCCACCAGCAGCAGCCCGCCUACGGAGCGCCUCCCGCAGCCGGUCAAGUAGGUGGCGCGCCACCACCCCCAGCUCAGGGCGGGGAGUUUGCUGGCCAGCACCACCACAACGUCGACAGCUCCUACGAUGCCCCGGGCCAACAGAAAGUCUACAGUUCGGGAGUCGCUCACGACAACAACACUCUCGGGCACUCGCAAGGCCUCCAACACGAGACUGCGCACCACCCCUCGAACGAAGGCCCCGUCGAGAAGUUGAAGCACCACUUUAGUGGCGAGCACUCGCAGAACCCUAACAACGGCGGAGGCUUCGGCGCUGGAUACACUGGAACCGACCACGGUCACUCGAACAUCCACCCUCAACCUCACGGCCACGGUCAUGGUCACUCGGACGUGAACGAAUCCGCUAAAGUUGCAUCGGGUGCUCACGUCGGACAAGCUGGCGUCGGCGCCAGAAGUUAGUAGUGACGAGAUGACUUCCAUCCGAGUCCUAGAUUUCACAAACAAAGCCUGACUUGUUUCAUCCCUUCCAGCCACAGACACUGGAUCUCACCACCAUACCAGAUCUCGUAAGCCGUACUCACAAGCACAUCAAUUCUUCCCUCCACACUCGAAGCUAACAUUCACGUUCCUCAUGACUCGACGCAGACCACGACCAGACGGCUCACAAGCCUUCGGUAGGCGAGAAAAUCUCCGGCUCCGCCGAUGUUCUCAUCGGCAAGUUGACCCAGAACGAUGCCAAGAUUGCGCAAGGUGAAGCCAAGAAGACGUUUGGGAAAGAUGCAUUGGCCGAAGAUCGACCGAGGAACACCAUGGCCUGA